AGCGCACUCUAGAAGUCUGUAACGGAGCAAAGGCUUGAGUGAAUUUAUGGUCGAGUUUCAGAUAGUUAUUACUGACUUAAACAACUAUACAACAAAAAACAUACGGGACUACAUUUAUUUUAAUUAUUUUAAUUAUUUUUCAUCGCGUUAUUUAUUUUUUCAUUCAUUUUUUUUCUCUUGCUUUAACGUUAUUUACUUUUCAUUCAUUUUUCGAAUCUUCUGGUAGUCUUUCAUUGCUGCUGCUGCUGGUGGGUAAUGGCAAGCUCGGGAAUACAACUUUUUGGGUUCUUGCUCGCAGUGGUGGGUCUGGCAGCCAUCGUCACCGCCACUUGCAUGGUAGAGUGGACCACAUUCGAGAGCAGCGAGGAACAGGCGGAGAUCUACGGGGGGCUGUGGGAGACGUGCAGGGCGUCCAGCUCACGGAUGAGCUGCAAGGCCCGCGAUUCCUUUUUAGAACUGCCAUGGGGUAUCCAGGUCACCAGGGCAGUGUUGAUAAGCAGCAUCUGUCUCUCAAGUCUGGCAGUUUUGGUGUCCAUUUGGGGAAUGAAGUGUACUCGCUUUAUGGAGGACAGGGAAGAGACCAAACGCUUCAUGGCAUUGUCUGGAGGAGUCAUGUUCAUGAUCUCUGGUUUAUUGGCUCUGGUUGUGACCUCCUGGUAUGUUGGAUUACUCAUUGAGGCCUACAAAAAUGCCCAUCACCUAGACAGAUAUGAGUUUGGCAAUGCAGCUUUUGUCAGCUGGGUGGGGUCCAUCCUCAGCCUGGUGGGGGGGGCGUUCCUCAACUGUCGGAGGUGCUUUGGGACGAGGUCGUCCUUGUCCCCGGCUAUGAUACGCCAAUCAGCGGCAGGCGGUGCUGAAUAUGUUUAAUGUUAAAGGUCAUACUCGGCUAGGGCCAACCUUAAGGAUUGUAGCAAGCUUUGUUGUAUUUAAUUGUUUGAAAGGUCAGUUUUUCUUUCUGUUUUGGACAAUGAAGUGUAAACUGUCAGGGUGGUUGAGUGGUAGUCCUUAAAUACUAUUACAGACUCAGCACCCACUGACCCUAUAGUAGAAAGGGUAGAAACUUUAAGAAGGAACAUAUGAAGGAUCCAUCUGUCUAGGAAUGGCUAUGAGUGCAAUAGGUGCUGAUUAGGCAGAUGUACAUUAUUUGCCAAAUUAUAAGUACAAAGUACAAAUUAUAUAAUUAUGGCAAAGAAAAAAUGAAGGAUAAAGUACAAAAUGCACUAAGAUAUGUUGUAGUGGUUAUAUGUUGUUUUUUUUAAGUUUAUUUUAUCAGAGAAAGGUCCGUUUAUCUGCCAUACAUGAGUUAUUUUGGUUUGUAUUUUUUUAAACAAUGUAUUUUUCCAGAUUUGUAUAGAAUAAUAGUAUAUUUUGAACUUUUUUAAAGAAUAAACUCAACAUUUGGUCUACUUUG